AGGCGCCGCCGCCCCAGCCCAGUGCGGACGACGAGGGAGAGGGAGGAGGAAGGAGAACACACUCGCUUGCUGGCUCUCACCCGCACGCAGGCUCCUGGAGCCGGCGCGGAGCCCAGGGGGAGGAGCCGCUGCGGGCACGCCCCGCCUCCGGCCCGGGAACACGACGCCGGCGACCUCCCCGGCCGCGACCCGCCCCCGGCCCCGGCCCUGGCCCUCCCCCGGCGGCAUGGAGGGGCCCCGCUCUUGACGGCAGCGCCGCCGCCUCGGCCCCCGCCCCCCCUCCCGGCCCCGCCCGCCUGCCCGCCCCCGCUCGCAUGUCCGCGCCGCCUUAGCCGAGGAUGCUGAGGAUGAAGCUGCCGCUGAAGCCGACGCACCCCGUGGAGCCGCCGCCCGAGGCGGAAGAGCCCGAGGCAGACGCACGGCCGGGCGCUAAGGCGCCGCCGCGCCGCCGCCGGGACUGCCGCCCCCCGCCGCCGCCCCCCGCGGGCCCCCCGCGGGGCCCCCCGCCGCCGCCGCCGCCGCCGUCCCCGCCGCCGCCCCGGGGGCUCGGGCCGCCUGUUGCUGGCGGAGCGGCGGUGGGGGCGGGCAUGCCGGGCGGCGGCGGCGGCGGCGGCGGGCCCGCGGCGGCGCUGCGCGAGCAGGAGCGGGUGUACGAGUGGUUUGGGCUGGUGCUGGGCUCGGCGCAGCGCCUGGAGUUCAUGUGCGGGCUGCUGGACCUGUGUAACCCGCUGGAGCUGCGCUUCCUCGGCUCGUGCCUGGAGGACCUGGCGCGCAAGGACUACCACUACCUGCGCGACUCGGAGGCCAAGGCCAACGGCCUGUCGGACCCCGGGCCGCUGGCCGACUUCCGAGAGCCCGCCGUGCGCUCGCGCCUCAUCGUCUACCUGGCGCUGCUGGGCUCGGAGAACCGCGAGGCCGCCGGCCGCCUGCACCGCCUCCUGCCCCAGGUGGACUCGGUGCUCAAGAGUCUGCGAGCCGUUCGGGGCGAGGGUUCGCGGGGCGGCGCGGAGGACGAGCCCGGCGAGCGCGGGGAGGACGGCGAAGGCGAGGAGGACGCCGAGAAGGACGGUUCCGGCCCGGAAGGCAGCGGCGCCGAGCCCCGGCCCGGCGGCGGGCUGGGCUCCAGGGCGCAGGAGGAGCUGCUGCUGCUCUUCACCAUGGCCUCGCUGCACCCGGCGUUCUCCUUCCACCAGCGGGUCACCCUCAGGGAGCACCUGGAGAGGCUCCGCAGCGCGCUCCGCGGGGGGCCCGAGGACGCGGGGGCGGAGGUGGAGCCGCGCAACUUUGCCGGCCCCCGGGCCCAGAGGGACUCCGCGCACGGUGACUACCCGCAGAGCGAGGAGGCCCGUGUGCCAGAACACGCCCUGAUACCUCCCGAUGGACUUCCUGGGGCACCGCACAGAGCCCAGCGAGAAGCUGUGCACAUUGAGAAGAUAAUGUUGAAAGGAGUCCAGCGAAAAAGGGCUGACAAAUACUGGGAGUACACCUUCAAAGUAAAUUGGUCUGAUCUUUCAGUCACAACAGUAACAAAAACCCACCAAGAACUACAGGAAUUUCUACUGAAGCUCCCAAAGGAAGUGUCUUCGGAGAACUUUGACAAGACCAUCUUAAGAGCCCUGAAUCAGGGUUCAUUGAAAAGGGAAGAACGGCGACAUCCUGACCUAGAGCCCAUCCUAAGGUAAC